AUGGAUAAAAUUGAAUUACAUACCCAUUUUAGUGGUUGUAUUCGCUUUAAAACUCUCUAAGAGCUCAUAAUUAGAUAAUUUGGAUAAAAUCAAGAAAUCGAUUUUUAGAAAUGUACUACCUUAGAAUAAUGUUUCAAAUUAUUUGGCAAAAUAAAUUCUUUAAAUUUAAAGUUAGAGGAUGUUCGAAGGAUUGCAGACGAGAUAUUUUAGGAUUUCUAUUCUGAUGGAGUAACUUAUUUAGAAAUUAGAGCAACACCUAAAAAAGGUUAAGAUUUCGAUUAAUUACAAUACUUAAAUGCUAUAUCAGAAGCAAUAAACCAAGCAAAAUUUGAAAUCAAAUUAAUAGUCGCUAUUGAUAGAGCAAAAGGAAUUGAUGAAGCGCAAAAAACACUCAAUUUAGUGAAAUAAAAUAAAAUAUAACAUUUAGUUGGUGUGGAUCUAUGCGGACAUCCAGGAUAAGGUCAUUUUUCACAAUAUAAGCCAAUUUUGCAAAAGUUUAGAGACUUAGGAUAUAAAAUUACUGUACACGCUGGGGAACUUGUAUAAUAAAUAGAGGAAAAUAAUGAUGUGAUUGAGUUUUAACCAGAUAGAAUAGGACAUUUAAUUUAUUUUACAGAAGAACAACUCAAAAAAAUAAAAAAUCUCAAUAUUCUAAUUGAAGUAUGCUUUUCAUCCAAUCUAUUUACAACAAAUAUGUUGCCUAUUAGUCAUCCUGUACAACAAUUCAUUAGUUAAGGCAUUCCUAUUGCUAUUUGUACAGAUGAUACAUUAUGUUUUAAUACAACAGUUACAAAAGAGAUAGAAUUGAUUAAGUCUACAUUUGGAUACUCAGAUGAAUUAAUAUCAAGUAUUCUCAAAUAAAGUUUAAAUUACAAAUUUAAAAGAGAAUGA